CCUUGUCCUUCUACAGCACAUUUCCGGCUUCAACCACACACUUCCGGUCCGCUCGCCGGUUCCGGCCCCGCCCCUUACUUCCGGUUUCCUUAGGUUCCGCUGCGGCCGGCUUUGGCGUCCGCUGUGGCUGGUUCCGCCGCGCUCCAGGUGUUUUGUUCUGACAGAAAGCUACCACUUCAUAUGCGCGAAGAAUGGCGCUCCCCAUCAUUGUGAAAUGGGGUGGGCAGGAGUAUUCAGUGACCACGCUUUCAGAAGAUGAUACUGUGCUCGAUCUCAAGCAGUUCCUCAAGACCCUCACGGGAGUGCUCCCAGAGCGCCAGAAAUUACUGGGACUCAAAGUUAAAGGCAAACCUGCAGAAAAUGAUGUUAAGCUUGGAGCUCUCAAACUGAAACCAAAUACUAAAAUCAUGAUGAUGGGAACUCGUGAGGAGAGCUUGGAAGACGUCUUAUGCCCUCCUCCUGACAAUGAUGAUGUCAUCAACGACUUUGACAUUGAAGAUGAAAUAGUUGAAGUAGAAAAUAGGGAAGAAAACUUACUGAAGAUCUCUCGCAGAGUCAAGGAGUACAAAGUGGAAGUGCUGAACCCUCCCAGGGAAGGGAAGAAGCUUCUGGUGCUGGAUGUCGAUUAUACGUUAUUUGAUCAUAGGUCUUGUGCAGAGACUGGGGUAGAGUUAAUGAGACCCUAUCUUCAUGAAUUUCUAACAUCUGCAUAUGAAGAUUAUGACAUUGUUAUUUGGUCUGCAACAAAUAUGAAGUGGAUUGAAGCUAAAAUGAAAGAACUGGGAGUGAGCACGAAUGCCAAUUAUAAGAUUACCUUCAUGCUGGACAGUGCUGCCAUGAUAACGGUGCACACGCCGAGGAGGGGGCUCAUCGAUGUGAAGCCUCUUGGUGUCAUUUGGGGAAAGUUUUCUGAGUUCUACAGCAAAAAGAACACCAUUAUGUUUGAUGACAUAGGAAGAAAUUUUCUAAUGAAUCCACAGAACGGACUGAAGAUAAGGCCUUUCAUGAAAGCGCACCUGAAUCGAGAUAAAGACAAAGAGCUGGUGAAGCUCACUCAGUAUCUCAAAGAGAUAGCCAAGCUGGACGAUUUCCUGGAGCUGAAUCACAAGUACUGGGAAAGGUAUCUAUCAAAGAAGCAAGGACAGUAGAUAUGGUAGUUACAUUCACAGUUGGAGAUCCUUGAGAUCCGUGGACAUUUGUUUCUUUGCUAGGCAUUACCAUGAUUGUGUUGGACACUGAAGCAGAUGCCAGGCUGCCUAGCUGUGGUCUUCCAAUGCUGUGUAAAUUUUAUUUUGUAUUUUUUUGAAGAUCGUAACAAA